GAAAGGAAAUAAUUUUCUGCGUUAUAUUCAGAGUUUACUUAUUAUUUUAAUUUAAAAUUGGGACGCGAAAAGUUGUGAAAUAUUUCAUAAGUUUGGUUUAAAAGUGCUAGGCAAAAGUUAAAAAUUAUUUUAUGGGGCAAAAAUGUUGUUAAGAGCCGAAGAUAAGUGAAAGGGACGCGUUGAAAAUUUUCACGUUUAAUGCCGGUGUGGUUGGUAUAGAAGUCCGUACCGAUUUAAUAUACACAUUUAUUAAUAAAUAACGCUUAGGAAAAAUUUUCCCACAUAAUUAAUAUAAUAAUUUGAAUUGGGCUUGUGUAUAUUGGACAGUUUUGAAUUGUAAGAGAAAAUUUUGAUAUUUGUGAAUAUCUACCAUGGCUGACGGUGCCGUGCUAGAUCUUUAUGCAGAAGAUUUGGAUAAAGAUUUUGCCGCGCAGAACCAGGAGGAAUUUGCCGCUGAAGGCGUUGAUUUAUACGAUGACAUAGGUGGCCCGACGGAGCCCGCAUCUGUUUCGGCAGGUGUGCCAGGCUCUGUAAACUCAGAAAACGCUGCACCAGUUGGCGCUGACGCAACCGGUAAUGGUGGCGGUUCAAAUGGUCUCUACCAUAAAGGAGGUGGUAGUUUAACACCAAAUCAUAUGGGCAGGCGCUAUCAACUUUAUGUUGGUAAUUUAACUUGGUGGACAACCGAUCAAGAUAUCGCUAAUGUUAUGCGCGAAAUUGGAGUAAACGACUUCCAAGAGGUAAAGUUUUUCGAAAACAGAGCCAAUGGACAAUCUAAGGGAUUUAAUGUCAUAUCCCUUGGCUCAGAAGCGAGCUUACGACUGGUAUUAGAGCGUUUACCAAAAAAGGAGUUGCAUGGUCAGGCUCCUGUGGUAACGUAUCCAACAAAGCAAGCGUUAAACCAAUUUGAAAGUUUGCAGAAGACACGUCCGGUACCGCCGUCACAACAAAACGGACCUCCACGUGGUCCAGCCCCACCAAAUAUGGGUGUGGGAGGACCAAUGCCUCCUCCGCCUGGAGGACAAGGUGUUCCACCGGGUCAUCCACCACGCAUGAUGAAUCCCAAUAUGGCUCCUGGCCAGUAUCGACCACAACACAUGCCACAAGCUCCACCAGUCGGACCAAAUGCAGGUCCACCACGUAUGCAGGCACCAAUGCAUCAAGGAGGCGGACAUAUGGGGCCACAGCAGCCAUUACCUGGUCCUCCACCUCGGUAUCCGCCCAACCAAGGUCAAUGGGCUGGAGCUGGACAACCACGGCCGAAUGGACCACGCACCGGACCGCCAAAUGGGCCACCACAACGACCACAAAUGUUCCAGGGUCCACCGGGCGGUAUGCCAAUUCGAGGUCCACGUCCUGAUUGGAAUCGACCACCCAUGCAUGGUGGAUUUCCGCCACAAGGUCCACCUGGUGGUCCACCCCAAGGACCUCCACAUAUGCAAGGACCGCCUCGUGGUCCACCUGGUGGUCCGCCUCAAAUGGGUGGUCCUCCAGGUGGACCGCAUGGAGGUCCCGGUGGACCUGCACCGCAUGUAAAUCCAGCAUUCUUUGCUCAACCAGGUGGUCCUCCCCAACAUCCUGGCGGUCCACCAAUGACUGGUCCACCACAUGGCCCACCAGGUCCACCACAGCAAGGAAUGGGUAUGCCACCACAGCAUGGCCCACCACAACACUUUGCCCAACAAGGGGCACCACGAGGUCCAUGGCCAGGCCCAUCUCCGGCGAAACCUCAAGGUCAAUUCUCGGACCAGCCAAUAGGUCCCCAAUUAUCCGAGGUAGAAUUCGAAGAAAUUAUGAGUAGAAACCGUACUGUUAGCAGCUCAGCUAUUGCCAGAGCCGUCUCAGAUGCCGCAGCUGGGGAGUAUUCCAGUGCGAUUGAAACUUUGGUCACAGCCAUUUCUCUUAUUAAACAAUCGAAAGUGGCACACGAUGAGCGUUGUAAGAUAUUGAUCAGCUCUUUGCAAGACACAUUGCAUGGCAUUGAAACGAAAAGUUACAAUCGUCGUGAACGUUCACGAUCUCGUGAGCGCACCCAUCGCCAUAGACAACGUCGGGAGCGUUCAUCAUCGCGUUAUAGAGAACGGUCACGCGAUCGGGAACGCGAACGUGACCGUGAACGUGAAGCAGGAUAUAGGGAGCGCUCAAGAAGCCGCGAACGUGAACGUCCCGUUCCAGAUCACUAUCGAGAUGAUAGUAGCUCCAGUCGUUCUGCACGUCCAAGAAAAUCUCCAGAAGCAAUUGCGGAAGUCGUUAGCGAUGCACCGUCGAAGCGCAGCUAUUAUGAGGAGCGUUAUCGUUCGUCAGAUCGUGACCGGGAACGCGACAGGGAGCGAGAACGUGACCGUGAUAGAGAUAGGGAUCGCGAGAGAGAACGUGAUCGGCGUGAAGAGCAUCGUUCACGACACUAAGAAGAGAGGGUGGUGUUUAAAAGUAAUCUUAACAAGCACUUGCAAAAAAAUUAAACAAUAUAUAUAUAUCUAUAUACAGUAAGGGAUGUAGCAACGGUACUCUUAAAAUUGGUACAUUGUAUUGUAUGCAUUGCUUAAAUCAUAGGAAAAUAACCAAUAAUUAUUCAACUUUUACGACAGGCUCUAGCAACGUAUGUUUUGCGAAUUUACAUUUUCAAUUGAUUUCAAUUUAUUUAAUAGAUUUAAAUGAUCUUUAAAUACAAAAUAUUAAAUAAUUUUUAAAGAAAUCGCAAAAUGCGAUUUCAGUGGGGACGGCUUCACAUGAAAACAACAAUAUCAACUCAACUCAACAGAAUCGUCUUGAUCCAGAUAUGAAUGGAAUAAAACAUAUACAUGAAUAGAUGUAAACUCUUAUGUCGGAAACUACCACAUCUUCAAUCUAAUAUAUAGCAAGAUAUUACACAAAAAAAAAAUGAAAUUAAACAUACCACUUUUCACCACAUACCUACUCUAUGGAGACGUAAUAAAUAUGAGUGGAAUGAGAGUUAUAAUACUGAGCUGUUUGAUGGAAAUCCAAUACAAGUUCAACAAAGGAAAUGGCUAUUUCUAAAAGCGGCAUCAGCAGAAAUAAUUUAACAGUUUACAGAAUCUUUCCUGCGCGUUCACAUCAGAAGAAGAUUGUAUAUUGAUAUUUCCAUUUAUUAAUAAAAAAUAAUAUUUUAAAAUGUAAAAUUGCAAA